AUGUGGAGUGCCCUACAUUCAUGUGAUCGCAACAAUCUCAACUAUGAUCAGUGCAUCAAGGAUAACAUAAAUAAUAUAAGGGAUGAAAUUUUUAUUUUCGACGGACCUGGUAUCAAAUUGUAUCUUGAAAAAGUAAAAAGUUAUACAUUUUGCGAUUUUGUUAUAAACUCCAUUCAUGCAGAUCUCGAUAAACUUCAGUUCAAUUUUGAUAUUGCAUAUAACCUGAAUGUAACCUCGUCGUAUGUUUUGGACGUACAUCUGUUAGUACCAAUCGUUCACAAAGGAAAAUGUCAAAUUCUAACGAGUAUGUAA